UGACGUCAGGCGGCGGCGUCGCCGCCAAGGAAGCGCCAUAACGGGCCGGCGGGCUCCGCCGCGCUGCCUCCUUCCCUCCCUCGGCUACUUCCGCCUCCGCAGCCGCGGUAGCGCGAGCGGGGCUGCCCGCCGCCCGCCUGAAGGACCCUGCCGGGGCUGCCCGCCGCGCUGCCCGCCGCCGGCCGCCGGAAACCGCCGCUCGCCGAGCGGGCUGUAGCGGCGGCGGCGGCGCAGACUUGCCUGGGUAACGCAAUGCCAGCUGAGCGAAAAAAGUCAGCCAGUAUGGAAGAAAAAGAAUCUUCUCUAAAUAAUAAAGAAAAAGAGUUUAGUGAAAGGCGACCAGUGAGCAGUAGGGAAAAGCCAAAAGACGACCUCAAGGUUGGAAUGAAGAGAGAGACUUUAAAGGUUCCUGAAGAUAAAAAGAAAAAACUAGAAGAGGAAAAAAGGAAAAAAGAAGACAAGGAGCGGAAGAAAAAAGAAGAGGAUAAAGUAAAGGCUGAAGAAGAGCAAAAGAAGAAAGAAGAAGAAGAAAAAAAGAAACUUGAAGAGGAGGAGAAAAAGAAGCAAGAGGAGGAAGUUAAACGUCAACAAGAGGAAGCAGCUGCUCAACUCAAAGAAAAAGAGGAAGCACAUCAGCUACAUCAAGAGGCUUGGGAACGCCAUCAAGCAAGAAAAGAACUUCGUAGCAAAAACCAGAAUGCACCAGACAAUCGCCCUGAGGAAAACUUCUUUAGCAGACUGGACUCCAGUCUGAAGAAGAACACAGCUUUUGUUAAGAAGCUAAAAACGAUCACAGAGCAACAGAGGGACUCCUUGUCCCAUGAUUUUAAUAGUCUAAAUUUAAGCAAAUACAUUGCAGAAGCAGUAGCUUCUAUUGUGGAAGCUAAACUGAAAAUAUCAGAUGUGAACUGUGCUGUGCACUUGUGUUCCCUCUUUCACCAGCGCUAUGCUGAUUUUGCUCCUUCGUUACUUCAGGCUUGGAAAAAACAUUUUGAAGCAAGGAAAGAGGAGAAGACUCCCAACAUUACUAAGUUAAGAACUGAUUUGCGUUUCAUUGCAGAAUUGACAAUAGUUGGGAUCUUCACUGACAAGGAAGGUCUGUCUUUAAUCUAUGAGCAGCUUAAAAAUAUUAUUAACGCUGAUCGAGAAUCCCACACUCACGUUUCUGUGGUUAUCAGCUUUUGUCGGCACUGUGGAGAUGAUAUUGCUGGUUUGGUACCAAGGAAAGUAAAAACUGCUGCAGAGAAGUUUAACUUGAGCUUUCCUCCUAGUGAGAUAAUUAGCCCAGAGAAACAACAGCCCUUCCAGAAUUUAUUGAAGGAAUACUUUACGUCUUUGACCAAACACCUGAAAAGGGACCACAGGGAGCUACAAAAUAUUGAAAGACAAAACAGGCGCAUUCUUCACUCCAAAGGAGAGCUGAGCGAAGAUCGGCACAAGCAAUAUGAGGAAUUUGCAAUGUCCUAUCAGAAGCUGUUGGCAAAUUCUCAAUCUCUGGCUGAUCUUUUGGAUGAAAAUAUGCCUGACCUUCCCCAAGACAAACCAACACCUGAGGAGCAUGGGCCUGGUAUUGACAUUUUCACACCGGGCAAGCCUGGAGAAUAUGACCUGGAGGGAGGUAUCUGGGAAGAUGAAGAUGCUAGAAAUUUCUAUGAGAAUCUCAUUGACUUAAAGGCUUUUGUGCCAGCAAUUUUGUUUAAGGAUAAUGAAAAAUGUUCACAGAACAAGGAUUCUGGCAAAGAUGAGUCAAGAGAUUCAAAAGAUGCCAAAGAUAAUAAGGAAGCAGCCGGGACUGAAGAUCUGGAGCUGGAGCUGGAGAACUUGGAUAUUAAUGAUGAUCCCCUGGAGUUAGACUGUGGAGAUGAGGCAGAAGAUCUUACAAAAAAGCUUCUUGAUGAACAAGAACAAGAGGAUGAAGAAGCCAGUACUGGAUCUCAUUUAAAACUUAUAGUAGAUGCUUUUCUUCAGCAGCUUCCAAAUUGCGUCAACAGAGACCUCAUAGACAAGGCAGCAAUGGAUUUUUGCAUGAAUAUGAAUACAAAAGCCAAUAGAAGAAAAUUAGUACGAGCACUUUUCAUAGUUCCUAGACAAAGGUUGGAUUUGCUACCGUUCUAUGCAAGACUGGUUGCCACAUUGCAUCCCUGUAUGUCUGAUGUAGCAGAAGAUCUUUGUUCCAUGCUAAGAGGAGAUUUCAGAUUUCAUGUGAGAAAAAAGGACCAGAUCAAUAUUGAAACAAAGAAUAAAACUGUGAGAUUUAUUGGUGAGCUUACCAAAUUUAAGAUGUUCUCCAAAAAUGAUACUCUCCACUGUUUAAAGAUGCUUCUGUCUGACUUUUCUCAUCACCACAUUGAAAUGGCGUGUACUCUAUUGGAAACCUGUGGAAGAUUCCUGUUUAGAUCACCAGAAUCUCACUUAAGAACCAGUGUUCUUUUGGAACAAAUGAUGAGAAAAAAACAAGCGAUGCAUCUUGAUGCACGCUAUGUUACAAUGGUGGAAAAUGCCUACUACUACUGUAAUCCCCCUCCAGCUGAAAAAACUGUGAAGAAAAAACGUCCUCCCUUGCAGGAGUAUAUUCGUAAGCUUCUUUACAAGGAUCUCUCCAAGGUCACCACAGAGAAGGUCCUGAGACAGAUGCGUAAGCUGCCUUGGCAGGAUGCAGAAGUAAAAGACUAUGUUAUAUGCUGUAUGAUUAACAUCUGGAAUGUGAAAUAUAAUAGUAUUCACUGUGUAGCCAACCUCUUAGCUGGACUGGUCCUUUACCAGGAAGAUGUUGGAAUUCAUGUUGUGGAUGGAGUGCUGGAGGAUAUUCGACUAGGAAUGGAGGUUAACCAGCCAAAGUUUAACCAACGGCGGAUCAGCAGUGCCAAGUUUUUGGGGGAGCUUUACAAUUACCGGAUGGUAGAAUCAGCUGUAAUAUUUCGAACUCUAUAUUCAUUCACAUCAUUUGGUGUGAACCCUGAUGGUAGUCCUAGUCCACUGGAUCCUCCAGAGCAUCUUUUCAGGAUUAGACUAGUCUGUACCAUCCUUGAUACCUGUGGACAGUAUUUUGACAGAGGAUCCAGCAAACGAAAACUUGAUUGCUUCCUUGUAUACUUUCAGCGGUAUGUUUGGUGGAAAAAAAGUUUGGAUGUUUGGACAAAGGACCAUCCAUUUCCUAUAGACAUUGACUAUAUGAUCAGUGAUACCCUGGAACUGCUGAGACCAAAGAUAAAGCUCUGCAGUUCUCUGGAAGAAGCAAUCAGACAGGUGCAGGAAUUGGAACGAGAAUUCUUAAUAAAAUUAGGACUUGUGAAUGACAAAGAUUCCAAAGAUUCUAUUACAGAAGGAGAGAAUCUAGAAGAGGAUGAAGAGGAAGAAGAAGGUGGAGCAGAGACAGAGGAACAAUCUGGAAAUGAAAGUGAAGUAAAUGAACCAGAGGAAGAGGAGGGCUCUGACAAUGAGGAAGAAGAGGGUGAAGAGGAGGAGGAAGAAAACACUGAUUAUCUUACAGACUCCAAUAAGGAAAACGAAACAGAUGAGGAGAAUACAGAAGUAAUGAUUAAAGGAGGAGGACUAAAGCAUGUCCCUUGUGCAGAAGAUGAAGACUUCAUUCAGGCACUAGACAAAAUGAUGCUGGAAAAUCUUCAGCAACGGAGUGGAGAAUCUGUUAAAGUACAUCAGUUGGAUGUUGCUAUUCCUCUACAUCUCAAAAGUCAACUAAAGAAGGGUCCCCCACUUGGAGGAGGGGAAGGAGAAUCAGAGUCUGGAGACACAAUGCCGUUUGUCAUGUUAACACGAAAAGGCAACAAGCAGCAGUUUAAGAUCCUAAAUGUACCAAUGUCUUCCCAACUUGCUGCAAACCACUGGAACCAGCAACAAGCUGAACAGGAGGAAAGAAUGAGGAUGAAAAAGCUCACUUUGGAUAUCAAUGAACGACAAGAACAAGAGGACUAUCAAGAGAUGUUGCAGUCCCUGGCACAACGUCCAGCUCCUGCGAAUACUAAUCGUGAACGGCGACCUCGUUACCAGCAUCCGAAGGGAGCACCUAAUGCAGAUCUAAUCUUUAAAACUGGUGGGAGGAGACGUUGAUCCAGCAGCAAGUGUCGUUUCAUUAGGUCCCGUAUCUCUGAAGUUGUGGAUAGUGGAGUCCUCCAGCAAUUAAGUGAGAGCAGUGGACACAUCUCAGCAUGUCAGUCUAGAGCGUUCAGAAUUGAAACCUGGGACAGGCUGGGGCCGUGGGGCAGAAACAGCAGCCUCCUCUCUUCCCCCCUCAAAAAACCCGCACAGAACAAGUGGAAGCUUCCAGGCAUGGCCUACCAAAAAAAAAAAAAAAAAAAAAAAAAAAGGCAAAAAAAGGACAAAAAAAAAAAAAAAAAAAAAAAAGCAUUUUGUUACCGGAACUGUGUAAGGGUUAAUCUUCUCAUAAGACAGAAAGCACAUGAAUGAGAUGGUUAACUUGACCAGUGAGCAGCUCACUGAAAACAAAGAUCAACUUGGAAGGAAGAUGGAUUACACUGGAACAGGAGAGGUCUUGACGGCUCAGUACGUGGGAAACAAAGUUACGCUAUCUCUUAAUCGAGUGGUCUGUUUGAAGAAUGUUCUUUGGGGGCUCCAACUCUACAGCAGAAAAGUGUAGAGCAAACAGUAAAAUCUAACAGGAAACCCUGACGUGUAGGACAACAAAAUUAUGACAUUAUCAAACAUCAGAUACUCCUCAGAGAGAAAGUUUUUGGUUAAGGAAUAACUCUUUUUUUUUUUCUGUAAGACAAACAAGAAAGAGAAGUUGGGGUGGGGUGGGCUGAAAAACUUAAGAGCCAAGGAGGUAAAAUGUCUAUUAAGGUUUAAAACAAAAUGUGAAGCUGAUUAACACAGGGUGUUGACCCCUGUUGCUUGGAACAGCCUGACACCAGCGUAAGAACAGGGAUAUAAUGAGCCCAUUGUAGGUAUCAUUGAAAACCAAAACGUGCCAGUCAGCAUGACAGGAGGAUGUCAAGGAGCGGAUCCAAAUGUUUUGUUGAUCUUCAUGGGUUGAUAAGCCUCUGUGUCUAUUGAAACAAACAAACAAAAAGCUUAAAAAAAGAUUUAAAUAAGUCUGGAAACAAGUAGAAUUUCUAUUUUUUUCUAAGUAGAAAUGAGGUUUCUUGGUCUGUUUCUGACAAUCUGUUAUUUAUUAGCAUAGGGUUUUGUUUGCUUUCAGGUAGAGGUAGUUCAUUCAGUUAAGGAGCUCAUCUGUAUGUUACUAAUUCUUUAUUUUCUAGCUCUUUUAAAAUUCUUUUUACCACUGUUUUUUGGUUUCUGCAUGUAGGAAGAGAGACUUGUAAAAUUGUAACAUUUCAUACAGAAAUGCCGCCCGAUCUUCACCAGCUUCAGAAAUCUGACCUUUGCCAAUGCUGCAAUAAAGUGUUGUAAUUUAGAA